AUGGCAGGAACUUUUGGAAGAAGCAGAAGCAAGUUUCAGAGUUGUGGCAGUUGCACAAGCAACAAGAAGGGGAGAGUGGAAAGAAACAAAGCUGGGAGUGCAAGGAAUCAUCAAGCCAUUAGGAAUAAGUGCAAAGCUUCAUUAAAAGCUGGAAGAGGAAAAUCCCAACAGCAACACCAACAACGACAUGUAACAACAGAGGAAGAAGAAGAAGAAGGAGAAAACCAACAAGACCACCAAUUCCAACACCUCCAUCUACUACAGCAUCAUCAACAACGACGACAAGGAGAACAAGAAUCUUACACAGGUUUAGACACGGAGCUCUUAAACCCACUUCAACCGCCAAAGAAACGGUCUUCCCUCCUCCCUCCUCUACCACCACCGCCUUCGUUGCUUACUUCAACCGAACAUGCGAGAAAGAUGGGAGAAUCACAGAACCACCAUCUCCACCACCAAGCAGCAACACCGUCGAGAUCGGCGAUGAGAGGCGGCGGUGGCGAGAUCGUGGAGGUGCAAGGCGGUCACAUUGUCCGCUCGACCGGGCGGAAGGACCGCCACAGCAAGGUCUGCACCGCCAAAGGUCCCAGAGACCGCCGUGUGCGCCUGGCGGCUCACACCGCCAUCCAAUUCUACGAUGUCCAGGAUCGCCUCGGCUACGACCGCCCCAGCAAGGCGGUCGACUGGCUCAUAAAAAAAGCCAAGGCGGCCAUCGACGAGCUGGCAGAGCUCCCACCAUGGAACCCGACAGCCACGUCAAUGCAAACGCCUCAGCAGCAGGAACUCGUCCACGGCGAGAGCAAGUCUCUCUCUAUGAACGACCCAAUAGCCGCCUUCAGUAGCGGUGGCGAGAGCAACGCUCUCGCUGCGGCGACUAGAGUUCCAGAACACUUCUCUCACCAACAAUUGGAGAGUGGGAAUGCUAACCACAUAAGCAACAGCAAGUACAACACUGGCUCUGGUUUUCUGCCACCGUCUUUGGACACUGAUAACAUUGCUGAGACAAUCAAGACUUUCUUUCCCGUGGAAGCUACCACGACGUCGUUUCAGAGUUACCCUCCGGCGCCGCCGGAUUUGAGGCAGCAAGAUCUGCGUUUGUCGUUACAGUCCUUCCAGGACCCUAUCAUGCUUCACCACCAGCCUCAGAGCCACCACGAGCCGGUGCUCUUCGCUGGAACUGCGCUAGGCUUCGACGGCGGUUCCGGCUGGUCGGAGCACCAGCACCAGCAGCACCACCACCACUCGGAGGAGCAUAGAUUGCUCUUUGGUGGCAACAGUGGCCAUGGCGGUGGGUUUGUAUUCAACACGCCGUCGCCGGUUCCGUUGCCGGCGCCCGCGUUUGGUCAAUUUUUUUCUCAGAGGGGACCCCUUCAGUCCAGUAACACCCCUUCGGUUCGUGCUUGGAUAGACCCUUCGGCCGAUCACCACCACCACCACCAUCACUACCUCUCGUCGUUGAUCCACCAGGGCUCCGUUGCCGGCGGCAGUGGCUUCUCCACCGGCGGUGGAUUCUCCGGCUUCCGCAUUCCAGCACGAAUUCAGGGUGAAGAGGAACACGACGGCGUAUCCGACAAGCCGUCCUCUGCUUCCUCCGAUUCUCGCCAUUGA